AUGUGGGCCUUCAAGCUUCAAGAUCUCCAAGCCGAAAAGCCGUAUUUCUGCGACCCGGUCUUCGAGAGGCUGCUUUUUGUGCACGGGACCCGCCGUACCGAUGUGGCCCGGGUGCAAGAGCUGUGCCGAAUUCUGCAAGCCUCGAACCGGAAAAUCACACGUGAGGAAGGCGGAAAUUGGAUCAAGAUGCGCCACGAGCCGAAAAACGCUGACCGUCUCGCGUCGAUGGUGGUGCUCGUUUUUCACGACGAGCCGGAGGAGAAGGCGCCGGCCGACGCGAUCAAGCGGCUGCUGAUCAAGCGGGUUCCGGUGCUCAACGAGGAACUGCUCCAUCAGCUCAUCAUGCAGCGGGAACGCCCCACAAAGGAAAAUUGUCUCCUGCUCAGCUAUCAACAUUGGAAUGAGAAAUGCGGGUGGGAUGACACGGAAAAGCUGUUCAAUUGGGUGACCGGGACACAUGACGCGAUGCCGGAAGAGCUGGACGCUUUUCUUGAAAAAACAAAGCCGCGCAAGGAGCCGGCAAUCUCACGCUGCCGCGCCGCCAUGACGCCAAUGGAUCGGACGAUAUCCCACGACACUGACAUCUCGAUGAGGGCCUCUGCUGACGAUGCCGAAGAUUUGCACAUGGAAUUCGAGGAGGAGAUUCGUCUGAACGAUAUGGAGGGCAGGAGCGAGAGACCCGAUUCGCCCGAGCGCCAGCCCCAAACCAUCACAUUUGCACCGGCGCCAAAACAGCCAAUGGCCCGCUGUGACAAUGGAAUGCAGGUCUUCAACUUUGACCUGGAGGACACGUUGCCGUUGCCGGCACCCCAGCUGUGCCGUGAUUGGGUGGAUACGGUGCCGCUGAUUGCCAGCGCCUACAGCCGAAUCCCGAGGGGUCGAAAGUUGAGAAUCGCGCCGGCGAAUGAACUUGCCUACGACCGCGAUUUCGAACGGAUGGCCACGUUGAACCCAAAGUUCUACCCGUCGAUGCUCAUGCACUUUUUCGAUAAGUUCCUAUAUGCAUCUUCCGGCGAUCAAGUGCCCGACCCGCAUCGAAUCGCGAAGGUCGUCCACGAAAUCCUGAUCGCAUUCCUCGGGACGCUCAGCCGGAUCCUAGGCAAAUGUCCGCCCGUCGACGCUUCUUCGCGGUACUACUGGCUCUCAGUGUUCUCCGAAGUCAAAUUGGAUUCCCUCGGCGUCGACGAGGCGACGCGAUUGGAGAAACCGGCUGACAAGUCCCAGAGAGCAACGGACAUUCUACUCAACAAGCGCGACGAUUUCCGGAAGCUGCUCGUAGAGGUUUUUUGCACGGCCACCGCCUGCUAUCCGGAACUUCAACUCAUCCUAGUAGAGCUGUUGGAGUGGGACCUAUAUGCCUGCGAGAUCAGGGUCUGUGAGCCGGAGACGCAGAGCUUAAAAAUCGACUACCCGGCCGCACUUCACAAAAUCCCGUUGGCCUAUCUGUUGUUGAACGGCACCGACGUGGAGUGCAUUCGAAUCAAGGACAGCGAGCAACUGUUGACCGAGCUGUGCCAGAAAUGGGGCAGUUUUGAGGAGGCACACGACCGGAUCGUGACGGCCCGUCUGAUCACGGUGCUGAUGGCGUCCGCGCGUUGCAUGGUCGAUCGCCAGAAUUCAUCGCAGGUUCACAUUGGCGAUCUGCCCCGGGAUUUCCACGAGAGCGUCAGCGAUCUCGGCCAACCGCUGCGCAACAAUAAGCAAAGGCACAAGCAGCCGGCCGUCAACGAGCAUUUCCCGCUGGAAUGGCUGGUCAAGGCGCUGAACGACUAUUCGCAUCGCACCGGCGCCUAUCUCAGCCAAAAGCAC